CAGAAAUAAUCAAUCAGCUUUCGUCACAGGAUCGAUUUGUUGCAUGGACAAGCAGAUGAGGAGUAUAUCUCACAACUCGCACUGUUGAGCAGAAAGGCAACGAUGGUGUUCGGACGGAUAUCGUUACUUUGCAUAGUAAUUGUCGGUGCCUCGAAAUUUGAUGGACUCGGUGUUCAUGUAGAAACUUUAGAUAAUUUGGUGUUCGGCGAUAAAACUUUAAUCAACGAGAAGUAUCCUGUGAGAAGCGUGACGUCAUGUGCUUUAUUGUGUAGGAAAUAUGCCGAAUGCAUGUCCUUCACGGUGAACACGAAUGUGGAAAAAUGUCGAAUUUAUAGCUCUGCUGUGCAUGUUACUCAGGACGGAACGGCGGGACACGGCUGGAAAUAUUAUGUGUUUGGCGAUGCAAGGUGUCGUUUGAAAGACGGGUUUAUUUACAGUCGUAUAUAUAAAAUGUGUAUACAUUUGUCGACACAGGCAUUUCUCUACGAAUCUGGAAACAUCUACUGCACGGAGAAAGGAUCCCGUCUCGUAUCAAUAAAUACUACCGAAAAGGUCAACGCCAUUGCGAAUAUGUUGAACACGCUGACAAGCAGCGAUUCCUUCUUAAUAGGUCUUAGAUACUCUGACGGGCACUGGAGAUGGCAAGAUGGAGCAGUGUUGGGACCGGAGGCAAACUGGGGAGACGGUCGGCCAAGAACAGGAAACGGUUAUGAGUGUGCCCAUGUGAUAAAAAGUUGGGGAUACAAAUACGAAGAUCAUGCAUGUUAUGCGUACUUGAAGAGGGUAAUUUGUGAAUAUAUUUUACAAUAGUAUCUGUUACAAAUACAGAUUACUCUCUGGAAGGGAAGCCUGUUGUUGUGAACUGAACCGUUCAGUUCACAACAACAGGCUUCCCUUCCAGAGAGUGCAUACUAAUCAACAGUCACUCCAGAGAUUUUGCGGACUGUUUAUAUUUUUUAGAUGAUGAAAUUAUAAGCUUUGUAAUAAUUAUUUUGUUAGUGUUGAUGUUAAUUUUAAUCUUACUGUAUGUAUACAGUCUCAUUGAAAAACGCCGGUUAGAUUUUGAUGGAAUAACAAAAAAAGAUGAGCGGUAGUGAACAACUUAAUUAUACCCUGAAUUAUUAUACAUACACGUUCAAUUUACACAUUAGGACAAUCUUGCUUCAGAAAUGAUUAAAUUCUUUAAUCGAAAUAAACAAAUAUUAGAGUGACGCUGUGAUCCCAAAGGACGAGAAAACGUAACACUGUCCAAGUACAUGCAGGGAGACUUUACGAAGAGCCGCACGGCAUGCGCAACUUGUGUGACGGAAUUAAACCUAUCAAACAAACACACAUUCCAUCUACAAUGCUGUAGGAUAAACACUCGCGGGAAAACUUACAAUCUCUCAAAAUUUUCCAUUUCUUUAUAAUCCAAUAAUAAAGCGGAAAAUAAUGAAACUGUCUUAAGUCAUUUUAUACAUGAUUGUCUUUUCAAGUUAGAUAAGUACUGAGACUAGAAGCAACGUUUGAAAAAGA